AUGGUCGAUAUAAGAAAGCAGCAAUACGAAGCACACCUAGCCACCAUACCUUAUUACGAACUCUACAAGAUCUACGCAGGUCGACCGCCUAUUCCACCACCUCAGAUGCACGAACUACGCGUGCAGAUGUCUGCGGCACAGGGCGCAUAUCAACGAGGCAUAGAUGAAGAUUGGAAAAACAGUCUACAACGAUAUCCAGAGGUGCUGGAUUACUACUUCAAUCUGGUCGAGUUCAAGCUGCCUGGAGAGAAGAGCGUUGCUGUACAAGAGCCAGUCUUUGGUAGUCGCGUUGAUCCUGAGAUGAAGAGGAGGGAGUCGAAGGGAAGGAAGGGGAUGAUGCAGCCCNCACCGCCUAUGCCUGGCGGCGCGUUCAUGAUGCCGCCGGGAGGGCCACCUCAUAUGCCAGGGCUGAGACCUGGUGGGAUGCCGAUGGGUAUGCGACCAGGCGGCUUCUGA